AUGCUUACAGACUCGAGCUCUUCGCUUGAACGUGCACUCCAAUCGGGGCCAAUUUUGCAUUAUUUCCCUAAAGAACGAGUGAAACUAGGGAACACCGACUCGCCGUCGGAUUCACCAAGCCCAUCUGUGUCUCCAGCGAAGCAAACCUUCAUUCAAAUGACUCCCGAAGCAGGAGGAUCGGACUCUAAAGGCAAACAAAAAGCCUCGCCCAAAGAAUUUCUCGAAGAAGAACAUGGGGUGGAGGAUGAACCCCAAUCUGAACCGGCGGAGGAGGAAGACGACGAUAACUGUCCAAAAACGGGACGUGGCCGACCUCGUAAGGCAAUUCUCAAGGAUGCUGCGAAAAGGCUCAAGAAGUUAUGA